AUGAUAUCAGGUCUCAAUCUUGACUGGAGAGAGCCGUGCUCCCCGGAAGCCGCCGCCCUGAAGAGCAGCAUCAGGAAACUGGAGGAGCGGCUCUUCCUGGUGAACUGGCAGGUCGAUCACCUGCAGUCGCACAAAUACUUCAGGCCGUUUCAGCCCGUGGAGUCUGACGGUAAACCUGAGAUCGACCCGGGCCCGGCGGCGACCCGCAACAACAGCCUGAACAAGGCCCCGAUCACGCCACUCCCACCCGCCGGCAGCCUGAUCGUCUAUGACAAAGACUGUUCUGAAGUAUCUGAGCGACUGAGCUCACCGAGCGGCUUCUACAGGAUCAGACCGAGGUCAGACCAAGAGCCUUUUCUGGUUUACUGCGACAUGACGGACGGAGGAGGCUGGACGGUGUUUCAAAGACGCCGGCACGGGAAAGUUGACUUCAACAGAGACUGGGUGGACUACAGAGACGGCUUUGGCGACUUCAAACUGUGGAACGAUGAGUUCUGGUUGGGCAACGAGCGAAUGUACUCUCUGCUCUCUGAAGGUCAGAACCUAGUGAAGAUCGAUCUGAUGGACUGGGACGGGCAGAAGAGCUUUGCGUUUUACGAGAACUUCCGGAUCACCGAUGAGGCCGACAAGUACCGGCUCCAGUGCGGCCAGUACAGCGGGCGGGCGGGGGACGGCCUGGCCGGCGGCGGAGGGAGAGUGCAGCAGUGGUCGGCUGGCCUGGGGGGGAUGCAGUUCAGCACCAGGGACCAGGACAACGACCGCUUCACCCAGGGAAGCUGCGCCGAAGAGAACCAGGCGGGCUGGUGGUUCAACAGAUGCCACGAAGCCAACCUGAACGGGAAGUACUACCGGCGCGGGGCCUACAAGGCCAAGGUGGACAACGGCGUGGUGUGGGGCCCCUGGCGGGGCCUCUGGUACUCGCUCAGACACACGGCCAUGAAGGUGCGGCCGCUGCUCUUCCUGGACAGCGUCGGGAGCGGAGCGGGCGACCUUUGACCCCAACAGAUCCGAACCUGCAAGGCGAAGCAGAGGGCAAAGACUGCCUGGGGUGUCUCACUUCUUUAUCGUCUUAAUUCCUCCCUUUCUUUCAUUUCUUUGAAUGUUUUAUUAAACAUAAUUAUAUCUCUGUUCCAGGUAGCAUUUCUGUUCUAAAGUGUUUAUCUCAGUAAUAAUAAAACAAGCAUCUCAACAACCUGGCCCCUCUUUUAGUUUAGGCAGCAAUGCACUCUGGGAAUUCACAGUAGCAGGGAAAGAGUGGACUUUAAGUACAAUACGACAUAUUUUUAAUUCUACAUCAUUUUGAAUCCUGUCUUUAACUCGUCUUGACUUGAACGGUUCAGACGGACUUAGAUCAAAGUUCAUCUGGUGAAGUGAGACUUGUUUUGGUGAAUCAUAAACAAAAGCAUCAUAUUAUCAAAUGAUUAAAACAUGCAAAACACAAAAGGAAGAUGUUUUAUAAAGUAGAAAUAGUUUUGUUUAAUUUACAGUAUAAUUAAAACUGAACCUGCAAGGCAAAGAGAAGGGCAGAGACUGUGUAGUCGCUUUCCACUUCUUUAUUCUUAAUUCCUCCCUUUCCUUCAUUUCUUUGAAUGUUUUAUCAAACAUAAUUAUAUCUCUGUUCCAGGUAGCAUUUCUGUCCUAAACUGUUUAUCUCAGUAAUAAUAAAACAAGCAUCUCAACAACUUGGCCCCUCUUUUAGUUUAGGCAGCAAUGCACUC